AUUAGCUACCAGCGGCUAACCCUCCAUGCUGCAUCCCAAACCUGACCACCUGGCCGACGGCUUUGUGUUGUAAUAUAUAAAAAAUGCCAAGCGUCACGGUGAAAGAUGUCAACCAGCAGGAGUUUGUCAGGGCUCUGUCAGCUUUCCUCAAAAAAUCUGGCAAGCUCAAAGUCCCAGAAUGGGUUGACACCGUGAAGCUCGCCAGGCAUAAGGAGCUGGCUCCCUGCGAUGACAACUGGUUUUACACCAGAGCAGCGUCCACAGCUCGCCACCUGUACCUCCGAGGAGGGGUCGGCGUGGGCUCCAUGAUCAAGGUCUACGGAGGGCGUCAGAGGAACGGUGUAUGCCCUGCCCACUUUAGCGUGGGCUCCAGGAACGUGGCGAGGAAAGUCCUCCAGGCUCUGGAGGGCCUCAAGAUGGUGGAGAAGGACCCAAAUGGUGGACGGAGACUUACUCCUCAAGGCCAGAGAGAUCUGGAUAGGAUUGCUGGUCAGGUUGCCUCAGCAAACAAGAAACAGCGAAGUUUACAAAGCGCCAUCUGAGGAAUGCAUGCAAAGAAUCCAGACAAGUGAAAUGCAGAAAUUCCUUACUGCUUAUUUACCCAAGUUUCCUUGUCUCCCAUAUCACUCCAGUGCCCGCAGUAACCGAGUACAAAAGGCAUUUCAUAGAGAUGCAUGUGUCUAUAGCGCAGUAAGUACAAAUUAAAUAUUACACAUGGAUGGUUUGCAGCAUUUGUAGGUUUGUUUUUGUCUUCAUAAUGAAUUUCAAGACAGCAGUGGCCUUGUGACAGCAAAACAGAAUGGACAAAGAAGCUGUGAGAAUACAGUAUUACCAAGCAAGAGCAUGUUAAUAUUGUUUUGCCAACAACUGUGAAACUCAAUGUAAAAAACAAAACAAAUGCAAUGGAUGCUAUUGUAUAUUUUUUAUUCAUUUAUCCAGCUGUUACAGAAUAUUAUGCCUAAACAUGAUAUUUAUGAGAUGUAUAUGAAUGACACAGUAAUAUAUAGGGUGUUCCAAAUAAAACUGAGUUAAACU